GUACACUAGUACCUCUGUACUAGACCAUUACCCCCUCCUUUAAUUCUCUCGAACUACGACUAGCUUCGAGCUUUCAUCACUCGUCAGCUUGAGCGCCCAGCAGCUAUCGUCAGCUUAAAAUUAGCGCCCCAGCUUAGCUUCUGAGCUGACUCGAGCUUGAAGACAGAUUUUGGUCGCAUUUCAGCUAACACAAAGCUUAACACACGAGCUCUUGUCAGCUGAUCGAUCCGGGGUUGAAGAGAUAUUGCAGAAAAAGAAGAAGAAGAAGAAGAAUCAAGCUUGGUGCACGGCGUCGCCGCCAUGGCGGCAUUGCGCGUGGGCACGAGGGCGGUGGAAGGGAGGUUCCAAGCGAGCAACGGCGGCGGCGGCGGUGGCGGCGGCAUGGCGCCGUCGUCGCGCCUCGUCGCGGCGCACCGGGAAGCGAAGCCGAGGAGCAGCCACUCGGCGGCGCCGUGGAAGCUGCCGCGGCGGCGAGCCGGCGCCAUGCCGCUGUGGCGCGUCGCGGUGUUCGCCUCCGUCGCAUUGAACGUCGCCACCCUCGCACUCCUCCUCCACCACUACGCCACCUCUCCUCCUCCCCACCACCACCACCACGACGCCGGACUCGCCACUCGCAGCAGCGACGCCGCCGUCCACCGGCGAGCCAGGACGGCGUCGUCGAUGGCGCCGUCGACCGGCAAGCCGGCGGUGACGACGGAUUCCGUUAUCAACCUUGACCACGGCGACCCGACCAUGUUCGAGGAGUUCUGGAGGGAGACCGGCGACGCGGCGGAGGUCGUCAUCCCGGGGUGGCAGACGAUGAGCUACUUCUCCGACGUGACCAACGUCUGCUGGUUCCUCGAGCCGGAGCUCGACCGCCAGGUGCGCCGCCUCCACCGAGUCGUCGGCAACGCCGCCGUCGACGGCUACCACGUCCUCGUCGGCACCGGCUCCACCCAGCUCUUCAUGGCCGCGCUCUACGCCCUCGCCCCCGACGCCGCCGCCGCUGCCGCCGGCGAGCCCAUCAGCGUCGUCUCCACUGCGCCCUACUACUCGUCAUACCCCGCCGUGACGGACUUCCUCCGGUCGGGGCUCUUCCGGUGGGCCGGCGACGCCGACGCCUUCAAAGGCGACUCCUACAUUGAGCUGGUCUGCUCCCCGAACAAUCCUGACGGCGCCAUCCGUGAAGCUGUUCUUGAUCCAAAGACCGGCAAUGGCAGGACGGUCCAUGACCUGGCCUACUACUGGCCUCAGUACACCCCCAUCACCAAGCGUGCUUCCCAUGACAUCAUGCUCUUCACCGUCUCCAAGAGCACCGGCCAUGCCGGGACCAGGAUCGGGUGGGCGUUGGUGAAGGACCGGGCGAUCGCGAGGAAGAUGACGAAGUUUGUGGAGCUGAACACGAUCGGGGUGUCCAAGGACUCGCAGAUGCGGGCGGCCAAGGUGCUCGCCGCCGUCUCCGACGGCUACGAGCGGCGGCCGGAGCAGACGAAAGAGACGAUGACCACUCCUCUUCGCCUGUUCGACUUUGGUCGACGCAAGAUGGUGGAGCGGUGGAGCAUGCUCCGCGCUGCUGCCGCCGCCUCCGGCAUCUUCAGCCUCCCGGAGGAGACCUCCGGCUUCUGCAACUUCACCAAGGAGACCGCCGCGACCAACCCUGCGUUCGCGUGGCUGCGGUGCGAUAGGGAGGAUGUGGAGGAUUGUGCGGGGUUUCUCCGUGGGCACAAGAUCCUGACGAGGAGCGGGGCGCAGUUCGGGGCGGAUGCGAGGUACGUGCGGGUGAGCAUGCUCGACAGGGACGACGCGUUCGACAUCUUCAUCAACCGCCUCUCGUCGCUCAAGUGAAAGAAGACGGCGGAGAGAGAGAGGACGCUGCAGCGUGUUCGUCCGUGCGCUAGCAAGCAAAGCAUGCCCAUGACUCAUGAGAGCAUGAGUAGAACCGUUAACUGUGUAUCUGUAUCAGUAUUUGGAGAGCCUUUUUGGUAGAGCUUCAGAGCAUAACCAAACGGUUUCAGCUUUACUCGAAAUGGGAGUGAGGUUGAUUGAAGUGCUAUCACAGAAUGAUCUAGAGAUGUAGAGUUGGAUUUAGACUAUUUUACAGCUACACUUUAGAACCAACUCUUGAAGUUAAAUUUGUAAGUUGAAGUCCUGCCAAAUAGGUUCUCAGUAGUAGUAGUAGGUAGAAGAAGAGGAGCUUGCUUUUCUCUAGCUUUUCUUUUUCUCUUAAAUAUUUGUUUCUCGAUGUUGUGUUUUAUGGUUAAGAAUGGCCUGCAAUGUAGAUCAGUGCCUGCGUGAUUUCACAUACGGAAAAUAAAUAAAUAAAUGUUCUUGUUCUUCCUUUUUUGGAA